UCCAAAGAUUCUACAAAGUCACUAUGAAUACUUGUCUCAAGACAUAAGGUCCACAGCAUGAGGGUCAGGGACGAACGAUGGCGGGAGCCCCACCGGAAGGUGAGUUUGGUGCCGCGGCUUUAGUGGAGAGUGAAGGACGCGGCCACGGAGGACAGCUGCUGCUGAAAGCUUCUGAUGAAGCCGUCACAUUCAUGUCCAGUCUCGAGCCUGCAGAGCUGCUGAAGUGUGUGUUUCCUGACUCUCUGGUGACUGUGUCUGAGAGUGGCAGAAGGCUGGGGAGGUUCAGUGUGACGGUAGAGUUUGCCUUUAGAUUCCAGCAGACCUGUGUGCUGCUGCACGCUCAGAGCCAAGGAGCCAUCGACAACUCCCCCUGUGGGACAACAGUGACAGCCUAUCUGACCACGAACCUGGAGUUGCUGGAGGAAGAUUACUAUGAGUAUGUCAAACUUGAAGGCCACAGUUUGGAGAAGAGGUGUCACAUGGUGCAGUGUGACGGGCAGAUGGUGAUCGAUAAAGUUAUUACCGUUGGAGAGGAGGUGACGAAGGAGAGUGUUUCCUAUCCCAUGUCUGUCCUCGAAGGCCUCGUCACAGAGGGCUCCCUCCUGGUGCUCAUGCGCCUCGUUGCUCUGAGGAGGAAGGUGCCAGAAAACAUGACCUUCAUCUCCUUCGACCAGGGAUUAGACAUGUUCCACUCCACCUUUAGUGAGCUGGGUGUGAGACAGAUGGACGUGGGGGGUGAGACUGUCGAGGUGUAUGGGAUAGAGAGGGCAGUUCACUCUGUGGAGGACAGACCCACUGCCUGGCACUUCCACUUCCUAGAUGAUGGGCACUUGGCCAGCCGACAACAAGUGGCAUCACCAGUUACCAUGAGGCUACUGCAGCUGCCAUCACAGCAAGAAAAGGGUUUUGAGAAGAUCCCCCUGGAUUGGGAAGCAGACAUGCAGAUGCGUUCCAAGUUCCUGGACAGAAAGGAGGAGCUGAAGGCUGAUAACGCCUCGUACCUGAGAAAGCACCCAGAGGUCCGUGCCCUCAUAUCCGACUUCCUGCAGUUCUUGUUGCUAAGAAAACCAGAUGAUGUCUUCCGAUUUGCCCGGGAUUACUUCCUCCCAUUCGCCUCGCGCCGUCCACCAGAAUCAAACCUGAAAUCAUCAUCAUCACUCUGAAGAAACACGCACAUCUUCCAAGCACAAUACAGUCUGUCACAAUGGGUUGUUGAUUCAUCACUUUAACUCACGUUGAAGUUUAGAAACUGCUCUAGUUUUUUUUAUUCUUAGUGAAAGAUGGCUAGUGGUAUUAAAGGAAAUUUGGUGGCGAUAAAGAACAACAUGAGACCUGACCUGAGCUGUGUGAUCUUGUCAUGAAACUUAAAGGUCCAAUGUGUAACAAGUGACAUCUAGUGGUAACACUGCAGACUGAGAUCUUGUCACUCUCUUACCAAAGCAUGCCAGGGAACUAUAGAUACCUCAGCAUAUCAGAAUGGAUGUUAUUCUUCUUCCAUUGUGAAGUAUUUUACCAUUUCCUGCCACUAAAGCAGAGGUCUCAAACUCACGUUCUGUUGCCACACAAAUGCUUAUUUUGAAAUUCUGUGAAACCAGAAUUUGCACUAAAUCCUUACUGAAUGUUACACACUGGAUAUUUCAGGUCAAUAUGAUGAAGGUGAAGGAUAGACCUGACCUGUAAUGUAAAUCUAAAUAAAGUGGUUUGUUUGGAA